UUAUUAAAUGUCUAUUGUAUAUUUUUCAUAUUCAUAACCUGUACCUGUUACAGCUGUUUGCAUAUCCCCGGGCUAGUACAGGUAGGGCUGCAGAUGAACCGUUAAUGAUAAUUAAGAUUAGUAAACAUGUGUUGUAUUAAUCGAGUAUUAAAUAAUAAUCACAUAUCUUGACAUCAUGCUGCUAUAUAUAGCGAAAACAGUCAGCAAUUUCCUCACAUUGUUUAGAAGUUGCACUGGACAGGACAUAUCGAUAUUGUCAUUUGUCCCAAAACAUGAAGGCUAUUUCCAUUUUGUUGGUGUGUUUAUCGGGUUAUGCCGUUGUCUCGGCUAGAAGCUGCCCCUGUCCUAGGAUUUUAAAACCAGUUUGUGGAGAGAAUGGUCGAACGUACGACAAUGCUUGUCUAAUGGAAUGCGAAGGCGUCAAAUUAUUAAGUGUCGGGGAAUGUCCGCGUCCAUCAUUAUGUACAGCCGACUAUAGGCCAGUGUGUGGUGUCAAUGGAAUAACUUAUGGAAACGCUUGUGGCGCUAAAGCAGCGAAUGUUGAAAUUGCAUCUGAAGGAGAAUGCCCGAAGCCAUGUGCUUGCCCCUUAAUUUUCAGACCUGUGUGUGGUGUUGACGGAAAGACGUACCCUAAUGACUGUACUGCUAAGUGCGAAGGAGUUGAUGUCGCCUCUGAGGGAAAGUGCCCUUGUGUUUGUACAAAGGAAUACAGACCAGUCUGUGGUGAUGACGGAAAAACCUAUCCUAACGAGUGCACAGCUAACUGCGCGGAGGUGAAAAUUGCAUCUCAAGGAGCAUGCCCAAAACCAUGUGCCUGUCCCUUCAUCUACAGACCUGUUUGUGGAGUGGACGGGAAGACCUACUCUAACGAAUGCACGGCCAAGUGCGAUGGAGUCAAAGUAGUCUCUGAAGGCAAAUGCCCUUGUAUAUGUACGAUGGAUUACACACCCGUCUGCGGCAUAGAUGGGAAAACUUAUUCCAACGAGUGCCAAGCUAACUGCGAUGGCGUUGAAGUGGCUUCCAAAGGAAAGUGUCCCUGUAAGUGUACUAGAAUUUACAAGCCUGUGUGUGGAGAAGAUGGGAAAACUUACUCUAAUGAGUGCACCGCAAAGUGCGAGGAUGUGGCUGUUGUUAAGAGAGGAAAAUGUUGAUGGACUGAAAAUUCCGUGGUCAACAAAACAACUGUGUGAAGAUUUUUAUUAGCCUGGUUAUAAAUUAUAUGUAAUAAAAUAUUAUUUUGACA